AUCAAAUAAAACAAUUUCCAAAAAUACUAAUAAAACAAUAAUCUCUCUCUUUUAUUGUCAUAUAUCCAACAUGAAUUCUUUCUUUUACAACCAUUCGUCGCCGGACUUCUCCUCGGAAAUCUCAUCCAGCUCGCCUGAGUACUCUUCCUCCAGUUCCCAAUGUAAUUAUCCAACCUCACAUGAUCAGUAUCACCACUAUCUUGAUCUUCCCUUCAACGAAAAUGACUCCCAAGAGAUGCUUCUCUUCGGAGUUCUUGCCGACGCUGAACCUCCACAUGAUCCGAAAAACCACAUUCAAGUGGAAGAGUGUCUCGAUCCGGAGAAGGAGUGUAGCUACAGAGGCGUGAGGAGGCGACCAUGGGGGAAGUACGCUGCUGAGAUACGUGACUCCACACGAAACGGGGUUAGGGUAUGGCUGGGGACAUUUGACACGGCGGAGGAGGCUGCUCUGGCGUACGACCAAGCGGCGUUCGCCCUCCGUGGUUCUGCAGCGGUCCUUAAUUUCUCGGAAGAGUUGGUAUAUGAAUCUUUAAGAAAGAUGGGGUACAAAUACGAGGAAGGUAGUUCGCCGGUAUUGGCACUAAAGAAAACACACACCAUGAAGAGGAAAUCGACGAUGAAGAAGACGAAGAAGGAAAAGGUUGAAAACGUCGUCGUUUUGGAAGACUUGGGUAGAGAAUACCUUGAAGAGUUAUUAGGUUUAUCUGAGUGAGGUAGCGGUACGUGGUAGUUUCAGUUGGUGAAAAUAAAAAGCAUGCAAAUUGGUCUGAUUAAACUUUUUCUCUCUCCCACACCACAAACACAUACUUCGAUCAUUGGAAAAAGAUCAUCAAGUAGUGGUGGCCAAAGGGUGUGAUGUAAAUUUUGUAGGAGGAAGAUGACAGAGCCAGAACAUGUAAAAAUUACAGCGUCGGAUCCUAAAUAUAUGGGAAUAUAUAUAUAUAUAUAUAUAUAUAUAUAUAUAUAUAUAUAUAUAUAUAUAUAUAUAUAUAUAUAUAUAUAUAUAUAUAUAUAUAUAUAUAUAUAUAUAUAUAUAUAUAUAUAUAUAUAUAUAUAUAUAUAUAUAUAUAUAUGGUUUUAACUAUAAAUAUAUAGUGUAUUUUUAUUUGUAUUCUUUAGAUCUAAAAACUCUUCUUUAGCCUUUUUACGUGUUAUACUUUAUAUCAAUCUAUAAUUUGAAACACAGUAGGUUUAAAAAGUUGUCAAGUGGAAUGUUGAGAUAUUAUUUUAUUAUAUUGAUAAAAUAAAAUUAUUGUUCUGUGA